CUAAAAUUUUAAAGUUUAUCCAUUGAAAAGACAACAACCUAUAUUCGUCAACGGUUAUGGAUCUUCGGCGUUUAAAUAGUUGUAUUAUGGCAAUAUGCGUUUGCGCCGCGUUUAUAAUAACAUCUUCAAAUGCCAACGGAAUUCAGAAAUUACUUUCAAAAGGACCGACCAGCAAGGGUUUGGUUCCAUCCACACAAUCCGACCAGGAGGAUAAAUCUGACUAUGCUGCAAUUUUGGAACAGGCAAAAGUCAAAGAAUUUUUCGAAAAGUUGAGCUCGAUAGAGAAGUCUUUCAAAAAUACCGACGUGGACGAUAACAAUUCGGAUUUAAGCUCUGUAGUCGAAUCGUUUGUUCGACCAAUACACAAUAUCAUAUGUCCGCGCCGCGGCGGCGGCGUUCAAAUGCCGGCUAAUUGUUUUUGCCCAAAGCCCUGUACUGACAAGUUGUGUUUUCCUGCACCGGUGCCACAGCUCGGUCAAUGUUUUACUUCACCCGUGUCUCAACAACAGGUUCUACAGCGCUUCAAUUGCUUGAAGCCAUUUCCUGUAGCCAAUCAGCAACCGAUCAAACCGCCGUUUCCGACCUUACCGAAAAUUUGUUUAUCACCUUACGAGCAACAAUAUCUACAACCACUAUUGUCGGCCAACCAACAGCAACUGGACAAUCCACUAAAAUUCCCUACUACAGCUCAACAACAACCACCGGCGUCGCUUCAGGGAGGAAUUAACCCGUUUGGCGUAUUACCGCAACCGACAAUUUUCCCUUGCCCUCAAUACGGAUACCCGUUUUAUCAGCCGGCCGCUUUUGCUAGUAAUUUGUUUUGGCAACUGUUGUCUUCCAACAACCCAACGAUCGCAAAAAUGAUAAAUUCAUUAUUAACGAUAAAUCAACUAGGUUUCGGUUAUGAUCCCGUAGACUUGAUAAGACAACCACCACGUGGUUACAAUAUCUACGAUUUACCGAGACAAACGUGUUGCGAUUCGGUAGAACCUCCCGUACAAUAUUAAUACUAAACCUAUUUUAUACUGUCACAAUGAUCAAUUAACGUGAAUAAAAUGUUAACGCAUUACCUUAAUGUGAAAUUUGGAUAUAUCUAUCAAAUUUAAACGUACUUUCUCAAAUUAGUUAAUUUUUAAUUUGUACUAUAUAAAUGUUGUAUACUAAUUGUUCCGAAACACCAUUGUCGAAUUAAUAGAAAUAAAAAUAGAACAUAAUUAUGUAUCACAAUAGAGUUUAGCUCUUACUGCGAUUGGAAGUUAAACAGUGCACAUGCAGUCACUCUUGUAAUUGAAGGGGUGCGUCAUGAGUGGAUAAAUUGCUUAACUGACAAUUUCAAAAAUGUUUAGGAGGCAACAUUUUAGUCAUAAAUACAUACAUAUAUAUAUAUAUAUAUAUUCAAAUGCUUAAAACUUUUAAAAUUUUUAAUACGUAUGGGGAUUUUAAUCAUAAAUACCUAAAUAACCAUUCCCAAUAUUUUGUUUAUAUUGACUCGCUAACAAGUUAUGAGCUAAAGUUUAUUAAUACAUACUUUGUCAUUUUUCUUUUCAAUUAUACAAAAUAAAAAUAUUAAUAAUUACUUAGCUAACU